AGCCUAUAAUAAAGAUGUCUGCCUUUUGAAAACAUAAAGAUGUCUGCUCUUUUAAAAACAUUAGUUCAACGAUCAUUAGGAGUAAAUUAUUACAAAUACAAAUGUAUACAGCAGGUUGCGGGACUGUUCAGUAAUGAUUCUUCAGUGCUGUAUCGCAGUCUGUCUGAUGACCAGAAGGAGAGGCUGUCCAGUGGUCCAGAUCUGGAAGAUUUUCUUACAGGCAAUGUACCACUAAACCCAUAUGAAGGUGAACAAGGGAUGAAGAAAAUUAAAGGAGAAAGAAUGAGAUUGCCAAAAUGGUUACGGACCAGUAUUCCCAUUGGAAAGAAUUACAACAGGCUGAAGAAUUCUCUGAGUGAAUUGUCUUUACAUACGGUUUGUGAGGAAGCAAAGUGUCCGAACAUUGGAGAGUGUUGGGGUGGAGGUCAGCAUGGAACAGCUACAGCCACCAUAAUGGUCCUUGGUGACACAUGUACCAGAGGCUGUCGAUUCUGUUCAGUGAAAACAGCACGGAACCCUCCGCCCCCAGAUCGAAAUGAGCCACUGAAGACGGCCCGUGCUAUUGCAUCAUGGGGCUUAGACUAUGUUGUUCUCACAUCAGUUGACAGAGAUGAUUUACCUGAUGGUGGUGCUAUUCAUAUUGCUGAAACCGUUAAAGAAAUUAAAAAACUAAAUCCUAAGAUUUUGGUUGAGUGUUUAACCCCUGAUUUCCGUGGUGACCUGAAGGCGGUUGAAAUGGUUGUCCAGUCCGGUCUUGAUGUUUAUGCUCACAACGUGGAAACGGUGGCCGAUCUACAGAAAUUUGUACGUGACCCCAGAGCCAACUAUGCGCAAUCUUUGUCUGUUCUUGAGCAUGUGAAGAAGGUGAAGCCAGACCUCAUGACCAAGACGUCCAUCAUGCUGGGACUUGGUGAGACUGAUGAACAAGUGAUGGAUGUUCUGAAAGAUCUUAGGCGGAUUGAUGUUAACUGUCUCACUGUCGGACAGUACAUGCAGCCAACAAAGAGACAUCUCACAGUAAAGGAAUAUGUACAUCCUGAUAAGUUUGCCUAUUGGGAACAGGUUGGAGAUCAGCUAGGAUUUAGCUACACGGCCAGUGGCCCACUGGUUAGAUCAUCCUAUAAAGCAGGUGAAUUUUACAUCAAGAAUCUAUUGAAAAAACAUCAGACAAAUAAAAUGGACAAGAUAUCUUUAAAUAAAGUACAUAAUAGUUCAUCAGAUCAGUCAAUAUCCAUUACAUGAUUGUUGCAUGUGGAAUCUUAUUUUGACACGUUUUUAAAAAGCUGUUACAACUGUCAAAACUGGUGUUUGAUCAUACAUAUUAUUUGUGUGCAUGUUAUUUGACCAUAUGAGGUCAUAUAGUGCUAGAACACACUUGGGUGAAUUUUUAAAAGAAGAAUGAUUUCAAACAUUUGUAACUGCCAAAUGCAUUCAGACUGUGAUAAAACCAAAUAUGUUGAACUUUAUAAUCUCAUGGUGCAAUAAAUGUUCAUAAGCCUGU